AGUGUUUUGAGGUACAAAUAUCUGAUGGGAUUAUUCUAGCUUAAAUAUAAUUCUUCCUUUGAAGACAAUUAGGUGAUGGCUAAACCGAAUCCGGAUUUCAAGGGGCUCGCUGAGGACACUGACGAAUCUGACGUAGAGUUUCAACCUCUGUAUGAUGACAAUGAUGAUUUAGACCAAAGAACAGCUCAAGAAACAAAAGGAUGGAAUCUUUUUCGGGAGAUUCCGGUGAAGAAGGAGAGUGGGUCCAUGGUUUCGUAUUCUUGGGUGGAGACCGGAGUCAAAUUUCUGAAAUUUUUAGCAUACAUUAUCACCUUCGCAGCUGUCUUAGGUUCCGCAGUAAUUUCUAAAGGGACAUUGCUUUUUAUUACUUCUCAGCUGAAGAAAGGAAGGCACAUAAGUCAUUGCAAUAAAGCGUUAGCGUUAGAUCAGCAAUUUAUAACGGUCCAUACUUUGGAAGAACGUAUAACAUGGCUUUGGGCUGCGUUCAUAGUGUUUGCAGUCCCAGAGGUGGGCCUGUUUCUUAGAAGUGUUCGAAUAUGCUUUUUCAAAACUGCCAGAAAACCUGAAGUUCUACAUUUGCUUGUGGCGUUCGCGGUAGACACAUUGCAAACAAUUGGAGUGGCAAUUCUUGUGCUCAUAAUAUUGCCAGAACUGGACGUCGUUAAAGGGGCUAUGUUAAUGAACGCUGUUUGCGUAAUCCCUGGUCUACUAAACGCGUUUACGAGGAGCAGCGCCGAGCCUCGGUACCCUAUAAUGAUGAUAUUGGACGUACUGGCAAUUUCCGCUCAGGUCACAGCCUUUGUUGUUUGGCCUCUUCUGGAUGGUACUCCGGCAUUAUGGUGUACACCGUUUGCAUGUUUUCUGAUUUCACUUGGUUGGUGGGAGAAUUUCGCAGGCUCUAUUAGUAAACAUACUUCAGUUUCCAUGAUAUAUCUUUGUGAACUACGAGAUGGUAUAAAGAGGUCACGUUAUUACACACAAAGGAUGCUUUCGAUUUGGAAAAUAAUUGUUUUCAUGAUCACCAUUUUGGUUUCAUUAAAACUUCAAGAUGAUGAUCCAUUCACUUUCUUUACUCGUGCGAACGAAGCUUUCGGAGACCGACUAUAUACAGUCCAUGAAAUACAAGUUAUACUUCAAGAUCUUUACCAUGGAGCUUUAGAUUACGCACUCACGGGAGGGAGUUUUAAACUAGGCGUCACUUGGUCUUCCGCAUUGUGGGUGUCAUUUAUUCAAAUCGGAAUGGCCUACGUCUGUUACGCGAGUGGAAAGUUUGCUUGCAAGAUUCUUAUACAAAAGUUCAGCUUCACGUUUGCACUGAGUCUCGUUGGACCAGUCACAGUAAAUUUCCUAAUUUACUUCUGCGGAAGGAGGAAUGCGGAUCCAUGCGCUUUUCGCGACACUAUACCGGAAUAUUUAUUCUUCGACAUACCUCCAGUUUAUUUCCUUAGGGUCUACAUUACGCAGGAAAUGGUGUGGAUAUGGCUUCUUUGGUUAAUAUCUCAGGCCUGGAUAACGAUGCACGCGUGGCAGCCGCGAUGUGAGCGCGUUGCAGCCACGGAUAAAUUGUUUGCUAAACCGUGGUAUUGCGGCCCUCUGGUAGACCAGUCUCUCUUGCUCUACAGGACUAAAGACGAUGAAAACGAAUUGCAAGCAGAAGAUUUCAAGGACAUCGAUGAUGCGGGUAGAAUAUCCAAUGCUAGUUCAAUAAAAGUAAUGACCGAUGUUAAACCUUCCGAUUCUAUUACCAGGAUUUAUAUUUGCGCAACGAUGUGGCACGAAACAAAAGACGAGAUAAUGGAAUUCUUAAAGUCUAUUUUCCGUUUGGACGAAGAUCAAAGUGCGCGACGUGUUGCUCAAAAAUAUUUGGGUAUUAUCGAUCCAGAUUAUUACGAACUAGAAGCUCACAUAUUCAUGGAUGACGCCUUUGAAGUAUCUGAUCAUAGUGCAGAAGAUUCCCAAGUGAAUCGCUUCGUCAAAUGUCUCGUGGAAUCAGUAGACGAGGCGGCAUCUGAAGUUCACUUAACCAACGUAAGGCUUCGGCCGCCAAAGAAAUAUCCAACACCUUAUGGCGGGAAAUUGAUAUGGAUUUUACCGGGAAAGAAUAAAAUGAUUUGCCAUUUGAAAGACAAGGCGAAGAUAAGACACAGAAAGCGAUGGUCACAGGUAAUGUACAUGUAUUAUUUCCUCGGUCACCGGCUGAUGGACCUACCUCUAUCGGUAGACCGCAAGGAAGUUAUAGCUGAAAACACGUAUCUGCUCGCUCUUGACGGUGACAUUGAUUUCAAGCCAAUAGCUGUUACAUUACUAAUUGAUCUUAUGAAAAAGGAUAAAAAUUUAGGUGCUGCUUGCGGUCGAAUUCAUCCAGUUGGUUCAGGGUUUAUGUCGUGGUACCAAAUGUUCGAGUACGCGAUAGGACAUUGGCUGCAAAAGGCAACCGAACACAUGAUUGGCUGCGUACUUUGUAGUCCUGGUUGCUUCUCACUUUUUAGAGGAAAAGCUCUGAUGGACGAUAACGUUAUGAAAAAAUAUACAUUAACUUCCAGCGAAGCGAGACAUUACGUACAAUAUGAUCAAGGGGAAGACCGAUGGCUUUGCACUCUAUUGCUACAGCGAGGUUACAGAGUCGAAUACUCUGCGGCGUCAGAUGCGUACACCCAUUGUCCAGAAAGGUUUAACGAGUUCUUCAACCAACGCCGACGAUGGGUGCCUUCGACUAUGGCCAACAUUUUCGAUUUGCUGGCCGAUUCCAAACGGACGGUCGAAGUCAACGACAACAUAUCCACAUUAUAUAUAGUAUAUCAGAUGAUGUUAAUGCUGGGUACGAUAUUGGGUCCUGGAACAAUCUUCCUCAUGAUGAUAGGAGCAAUCAACGCCAUCACCGGUUUGAGCAAUCUAAACGCGCUCAUGCUCAACUCGGUCCCUAUCCUGCUGUUCUUGCUAAUUUGUUUGACAUGCAAAUCUGAAGUGCAGCUUCAAGUGGCAGGUGUCAUAACUUGUAUAUACGCCAUGGUGAUGUUGAUGGUCAUCGUGGGAGUGGCGCUUCAAAUAGUCGAAGAUGGUUGGAUGGCACCAUCUAGUUUAUUCUUCGUGGCAACAUUCGGAAUAUUCUUCACCACAGCUGCGCUGCAUCCCCAAGAGAUUAUAUGUUUGGCGUAUAUCGUUAUAUACUACAUAACAAUUCCGAGCAUGUACAUGUUGCUUAUCAUCUAUUCGUUGUGCAACCUCAAUAACGUCACAUGGGGGACGCGGGAGGUGGCGCAAAAGAAGACACUAAAGGAAAUGGAGAUGGAAAAGAAGACAUCCGAGGUGGCCAAAAAGAAAAUGGAUAAUCAGAGUAUCACGAGAUGGUUCAGCAAAUCCGAAGAGCAAACCGGUUCGCUGGAAUUCUCAAUUUCGGGUCUAUUCAAAUGUUUGCUGUGCACUAACCCUAAUGAUCACAAGGAGGACUUGCACUUACUUCAGAUCGCCAACACCCUAGAGAAGCUUGAAAAGAGAUUGGACUCAUUAGGUGCACCACCAGAGGUAGAAAAAAUGCAACGUCGGCGAUCUUCAAUGGGUCUCCGAGGUGAUACCUUAUCCAUGCUGCCAGAAUACGAAGACAGUGAACAUUCAGCCGAUAUACCGAGAGAAGAAAGAGACGAUCUUAUUAACCCGUACUGGAUUGAAGACCCGAAUCUACAAAAAGGUGAAGUUGAUUUUUUGACGACAGCUGAAACCGAAUUUUGGAAAGAUUUGAUAGAUUCAUACCUUCGCCCCAUUGACGAGAAUAAAGAUGAACAGGAUCGGAUAGCAACGGACUUAAAGAAUUUGCGUGACACUAUGGUGUUUGCGUUCAUGAUGUUAAACGCAAUGUUUGUGCUCGCGAUCUUCCUGCUUCAGCUCAGACAGAACCAGUUGCAUCUCAAGUGGCCGUUCGGACAGAAGGUCAAGAUUAUGUAUGACAGCGACAACAACGUUGUGCAAAUCGAACGUGAAUACUUGAUGUUAGAGCCCAUAGGAUCGGUGUUGAUUCUGUUCUUUGGUUCCGUGAUGGCCAUACAGUUUGCUGGCAUGUUGUUCCAUCGAUUUACAACCAUCACACAUUUACUGGCCACCAUCGAACUCAACUGGUAUUUCACCAAGAGAACUGACGAUCUAUCUGAAGAUGCACAAUUCGAGAGGAAUGCGGUGGAAAUUGCGAAGGACUUACAGAAAUUGAACGUAGACGAUUUAGAAAGGCGAGGAGUCGACGACUCCAAAGUAUCCCGCCGCAAGACACUCCACAAGCUGGAACAAGCGCGGGACAAUAAAACGAGUGUCAUCAAUCUCGAUGCCAACUUCAAGAGAAGACUUACUAUACUUCAUAAUGCUGACCCUGAAAUGGUAACGAGGCUACCGUCGCUCGGAGGGAACUCGGCGUCUCGACGCGCGACCUUACGUGCUUUGAUGACCAGAAGAGAUUCGGUUAUAGCGGAGAAGCGACGCUCGCAGGCCGCGAGGGAUUCUGCCGCAGGAUAUAUUUACGACGAGCCGAUCACUGCGAUGAACAACAUGGCGUUGGCGGGUGGGUCGUCGAUGGGCUCGUACGUGAACAAAGGCUACGAGCCGGCACUCGAUAGCGACGAUGACAUGACGCCGCUGCCUCGACGCAGCAACGUGCGCUUCCGAGACAAUUCGUACACGCUGAGCGGGCCUUCGAGCGACAACCAUAUGCACUUUUAAUCACUUGUACCCAGUGAUAAACUGGCGAAAAAGCUCCGAGACAUAGAACUAGCCCGCAUUGCGAAAGAAACGCGCGAUUUUUAUUCUCUCGAUUUAUAUUCUGCGAACAGAUUUUCAAUUAACGUGCAGGUCAAUGAGAAUAAAGAAAUAUUAUGAAUAGAAGAGUCACACAUCGCGCCGCCGGUCGCUUCUAACUGUAGCAUGCUCUGUAUAUUUCCAUUCAUUUAUUUCAGUCAGAUGAUUUGCCAGUCAUGCCGCUUGAUAUUUAGCGCGACGCGACUGUCCUGUGUCCAACUCGUAACUGGUGUAAUUCCUAAUAAAAAAAAAACUUAAAAUUCCUUACGAGUUUUGUCAUACUACAACGCGUGUAAUUUGAAUCAAACCAAAUAUUCAAUUCUGUAACACUUACAAAGUUACAAUCAUAAAGAGAUCCAUAUACUUGCGAUAGAAUAUUGACGCGGUAAAUAAACGGGGAAACGGGGCGGAAUUAAUAUGCGCGAACUUUUUCUUGAUUAUGAAGACACCAGGAAAUUUAUUCGCAGUGCGUCAUGAAAUGUCGUACGCAGAAUGUAAAUCGCGAGAGCAAAAAUCGUGCUGACGUUGUCCGCAGUACGGGCUAGCUCUUUCUUAUUAGGCUUAUUCAAACGACUCAUCUUCAUUUUACAACUGUCUCUACUAAAGUUCUGUUUAUUUAAAAACAUGCACAAGAACCUCUUAAAAGAGUAUUUAUGUCUGUAAAAUGUGACUUCCAUUGUGAUUAGUGUAUAUCUAAAUUUAUCUUUAAAAUAAUAAAAGCAAUUGAAAAUUUG